AUGAACUCCGAAAGACACCCCGAACCGGCGAUAGCCAAGCUAAACAAGGCUCUAAAGGGAUUAGUUCCACCCCGUAAAUGUCAAGACGUAAAAGUAUUCGCUCUUUAUUGGGAAGACGAAGAAGAAGGGUUCAAAGAUGAAGGAAAAGCCGUGUGCCAAAUGUUCAACGAAGUAUUUCAUUACCCCACCCGAGAAUUCCCGAUUCCGACGAAAGAUAGCCUCCUCCAUUUAUCGCAAUUCGUACUUCAGGAGAUACCGAAGGGUGGUGACCGACGCUCUCUUUGCAUUAUCCACUAUGGAGGGCACGGUGAUAGGAAUGACGAUAUGCACUUCGGACAGGAGCGGAAAUCGGUUUGGGCAGCACACAGGGAAGGAGGACCAAUAUUGGAGUGGCAUAAAAUACAGUCCUUGAUCAAGGACCUUGAUACAGACAUAUUACUUAUACUUGAUUGCUGCUAUGCUGGACAGGCUGCCCGAGACCGAGGUCCCGACCAUGGUGGGUUUGAAGUCUUAGCGGCGGCGGCAAUGGGCGUGAUGACGCCCCCACCAGGAAUCAACUCUUUUACAACUCAUUUUAUUAGAGAAGUGCGGGCUACUAUGAAUCGUGAUGGUUUUAUUAACAUCAAGGAUCUACACGGGUAUCUGUGUGCUCACGAACAGGGGCUAACUUCACAGCCAGUCCACGUAGCAUUAAAGGGGGGGCGCACUUCGAUAGAGCUGAGGCCACUUUCAACUACUCCAGCGAAAAAGGCGCAACCAUUUUUUCAACUACUUGUUUACACUGAGCAAGAACUUACUAGCGAGCAUGCCGACAGGAUCGAAUACUGGUUGCGGACCAACUUACCGUACAAUGUGUCGAAACUCGAAGUGACUAAUAAGGCCGACACCAUCCAAAUUAUGGCGCGAGAUAUUCAACAAGAUCAAACUUCACUUAUAAAACACGGAAACAAGGACUUAAGAACACAGACGACGGAUGCACGGGGAAAUUUUGUGAGACUGGCCAAAAAGUAUCUCGCUGCCGACCUAGACCAGGAGCUACUUGAUAACGAUGCAAAGAGUGUGCACAUCGGCGAAUCGGCAAAGCAGCUCGACACCAACGAUGCUGCUCUUAAUAACUUGCCUGAGCGCGCUUUUACAGAAUCCUUGAAAAUUAAUAGCGAUAACGAAGUGGUCGAUGAUAAUGCACUCAAAGCAAUCGGAAUCUCAAACCAGCCACGGAUUAGGAAGAUAAUAAGAGCUAGCGAUCUAUAUGGGCGGAAUAGGUCCAGUUCACCGAACGAGAACCAAUUUGGCCGCUAUGUCAUGCAGGAAUACAAGUGGUAUGGAGGAUCCGUCAAUUCAAAAGAAAUACCAGCUAUGAAUAAAAGGGUGAUUUUUCUAUACGAACUUCUCAGCGUGUCAAAGGAGAAUUCAUACUGUACCUUGAGGUGCAUCGAUUGGUCCCAUGAAAUAUCGGAGCGCAGAUACGUAUUCACGUUUGAGACCCCGACGGGACUCGAUGGUUCUACAUAUGAAACUCUUACGCGUAUUAUCAGGACUACCAAAGGACGCGAGCGCCCAUCAAUAAACCAACGCAUCAAAAUAGCCUCGCUUUUAGCCAAGGCAGUUCACAAAUGGCAUCUGCUCGCAUGUUCCCAUCGAGGAAUUAGCAGCCCGAACGUAAUCUUCUUCAGGACUCAAGAUGGGCGACUCGACUAUUCAAAACCCUUCUUGCACGGGUUUGAUUUCGCUAGAUCCGAUUCAGACUCGUCUCCAAGUAAUGCAGAUGAUGAUAUGCGCCUCGAUAUUUACAGACACCCGGACAACCAGGGUAGUUUAACGAAAGGGUACCAGAAAAAACACGAUUUUUAUUCUUUGGGGGUUGUGUUACUGGAACUCGGAUUGUGGCAAUGUUGUGAGGAUUAUAUUACAAAAGGGAUGACGGCUAAUCAUAUCCAGUCCAUACUGCAGGAGAAAUGUACGGAACAACUGGCUCACGACGCCGGAGAUUCAUACCAAUCUGCUGUUGAUGUCUGUCUAAGCGGCGACUUUGGUGUGGACCUCGAUUAUUCGUCUGGGAUUCAACUCCUGGAGGCGUUUUACACUAAGGUCGUUGAUGAGAUAUCGAAGGGGGUUAGGGAUCUCAAGGAAGCCUUCUAA